AUGCACAGUUCUUUGGUCUCGGCCGCCGACACGCCACCCAGACUAAGGAAGACCCGGAAACUUAGGGGCCACGUUAGCCACGGCCACGGCCGCAAUGGCAAACACUGGAAGCACCCGGGAGGCCGUGGUAAUGCUGGUGGCAUGCAUCACCACAGGAUCAACUUCGACAAAUAUCACCCAGGAUACUUUGGGAAAGUUGGUAUGAGGCAUUACCACUUAAAGAGGGACCAGAGCUUCUGCCCAGCUGUCAACCUUGAUAAAUUGUGGACCUUGGUCAGUGAGCAGACACGGGUAAAUGCCGCCAAGAACAAGACUGGAGCUGCUCCUAUCACUGAUGUGGUGCGAUCAGGCUACUACAAAGUUCUGAGGAAGGGAAAGCUCCCAAAGCAGGCUGUCAUCGUGAAGGCCAAAUUCUUCAGCAGAAGAGCUGAGGAGAAGAUUAAGGGUGUCGGUGGGGCUUGUGUCCUGGUAGCUUGAAGCCACAU